AUGCAAAGAGACGAUACUGGCGGCAAGUAUUACAUCACAAGAGGCUGGAGAAAGUUCUGUCUCGAUAACGGAUGCGAGAUAGGAGACUUAUUUGCGUUCAAUGUGGUUGGAGAUGGGAAAACUACUCCAUUGAUGUGUUACCUUCUUGUGGGAGCUACGAGUUCUACUGCUUUGCAUAAACAAUGCAAAGAGACGAUACUGGUGAACAAAGAGGGAAAUUCAUGGAAUGUGAGUUUGCGAUUUAGCGAAUCAGGCGGCAAGUAUUACAUCACAAGAGGCUGGAGAAAGUUCUGUCUCGAUAACGGAUGCGAGAUAGGAGACUUAUUUGCGUUCAAUGUGGUUGGAGAUGGGAAAACUACUCCAUUGAUGUGUUACCUUCCUGUGGGAGCUACGAGUUCUACUGCUUUGCAUAAACAAUGCAAAGAGACGAUACUGGUGAACAAAGAGGGAAAUUCAUGGAAUGUGAAUUUGCGAUUUAGCGAAUCAGGCGGCAAGUAUUACAUCACAAGAGGCUGGAGAAAGUUCUGUCUCGAUAACAGAUGCGAGAUAGGAAACUUAUUUGCGUUCAAUGUGGUUGGAGAUGGGAAAACUACUCCAUAA